AUGGACCCAACGGGGCCCUUGAACAUCAUAUAUUUGGAUUGUCCCCAGGAGGAUUGUCCGCAGGAGGAUUGUUCGAAGAACGAUUGUACCCAGGAAGAUUGUUCGAAUAAGGAUUGUCCGCAGGAAGAUUGUUCAAAGGAGGAUUGUCCACAGGAAUUUUGCUCGGGAGAAGGUUGUUCGAAGGAUUGUUCGAAGGAUUGUUCGGAGGAGGAUUGUCCGCAAGAAGAUUGUUCGGGAGAAGAUUGUACGAAGGAGAAUUGUCCGCAGGAAGAUUGUUCGGAGGAGGAUUUCGAGGAGAAAGAUUAUCCGGAGGAAGAGGAUUGUCCGCGGGAGGAUUGUUCGAAAGAGGAUUGUUCGAAGAAGGAUUGUCCGCAGGAGAAUUGUCCGCAGGAAGAUUGUCGACAGGAAGAUUGUUUGGAGGAGGAUUGUCCGCAGGAGGAUUGUUCAGAAGAAGAUUGUCCACAGGACGAUUGUCCGCAGGAAGAUAGUUCGGAAGAGGAUUGUCCGUAG